CAGGCUUUUUUCUCUCUCUCCCUAUUUAUAAAAACGUCACUUCAAGUCCCUCCCUUUUUGAAUCUCAUUAGUUUCUUGUGUGUUUCUCCCUGUCAAUAAUCCUGAAUCCAGACUCUCUCUAUUUCCAUCCCUCUCUAUCUGUCAAUCAGCGCCGCCUUUGAACUGAAAACCACUCCGACCAACUUCAACUCACUCAAUCCGAGCGGCUCAGCUCCAUCUCCGGCUUCUUUUUCUGCCAAGAUUCCCCUUCUUUUUUAGUUUGUACUAACCGCCAGUGCUUGGAAAACGCCAAUACAGACUCUAAACUUUAACUCGGAUUCUAGAUCACCAAGAUCAAGGGUUUAAAACUUUGUGUUUUUGCCCCCCAAAAUUGCUCGGGAAAAUGCCGCAGCUCAACGGCGGUGGAGGGGACGAUUUGGGUGCGAACGAUGAAAUGAUUUCCUUCAAAGACGAAGGGGAGCAGGAUGAAAAAAUCUCGGAGAAUUUAUCAGCAGAAAGGGAUUUAGCAGAUGUCAAAUCUUCUCUUGUAAAUGAAUCAGAAACAAAUCAAAACAGCUCGUCGGAUUCGGAGGCGGAAAGACGGCCUCCGCCUAGAUCUGAAACUUUCAGAGACAAAACAAGAGAAAGUUUAGAGGAGGCUGCGAAAAGGCAAGAUGGAGGGCUGUUCAAGAGCCCACCGUACCCGGGCUAUCCAUUUAUAAUGAUCCCCGAUCUUACAAGCCCGUACCUUCCGAAUGGAUCACUUUCUCCAACAGCUCGCACAUACCUACAGAUGAAAUGGCCCCUGCUCGAUGUUAACCACGGAAGUCUUCAAAGUAGACAAGCACUUAAAGAUGCCCGGUCCCCGUCACCGGCACACAUCGUUGGGCCCUUCUGCUUGGAAUUCCCCGGACAGUCAGAUCUGAGCCUUCACCAAUUUCAGUUGUCUAAUAAAGUCCCAGUGGUACAGCACCCUCACCACGUGCACCCGCUCACGCCUCUGAUCACCUACAGCAAUGAACACUUCACACCGGGCAACCCCCCUCCGCACCUACAGGGAGAUGUGGACCCCAAAACAGGAAUUCCAAGGCCUCCACAACACCCAGACAUAUCUCCCUAUUACCCUCUCUCACCUGGUGCUGUCGGCCAGAUCCCCCAUCCGCUAGGGUGGUUAGUACCACAGCAAGGUCAACCUGUUUACCAGGGUUUUAGGCACCCCUACCCGACUGCGCUCACUGUCAACGCAUCCAUGCAAAGUUUUCUGUCCUCCAGGUUCCCUCACCACAUGGUCCCCCCUCAUCACAGUUUGCACCAGACCGGCAUCCCCCACCCCGCCAUCGUCACGCCCAACGUCAAGCAAGAGUCCUCCCACAGCGACAUCGGCCUCAACAGCUCUACUAUACUGUACACACUCCACAGGAAACACCAGGACUCGAAAAAGGAGGACGAGAAGAAGAAGCAGCCCCACAUCAAGAAGCCGCUGAACGCCUUCAUGCUCUACAUGAAGGAGAUGAGGGCCAAGGUGGUGGCCGAGUGCACGUUGAAAGAGAGCGCCGCCAUCAACCAGAUACUGGGACGAAGGUGGCACGCCCUAACGCGAGAGGAGCAGGCGAAAUACUACGAGCUGGCCAGGAAAGAGCGACAGCUUCACAUGCAGCUCUACCCCGGCUGGUCUGCACGAGAUAACUAUGCGGCUAACCAACAGGGCAAGAAGAAGAAGAGGAAACGGGAUAAGCAGCCAGGAGAGGGCAAUGAACACAGAGAAUAUUUUCCAAACCCUUGCCUUUCACUCCCUCCGAUUACAGACCUGAGCGCUCCUAAGAAGUGUCGAGCGCGCUUUGGGCUCGAUCAGCAGAAUAACUGGUGUGGCCCGUGCAGUCUUUGAAUUGGGAAUGUUUUCAUGGAGAAAAAAAAAGUGCAUUCGCUACAUCCAAGGUGAAGGUAGCUGUGCCAGUCCUCCCUCUUCGGACGGCAGCUUACUAGACUCCCCCCCAUCCUCCCCCUCCUCGGUGGCCCCCUCCCCCUCCUCGAAAGAGUCCAGACCUCAGACUGAACAAAUGCAACCUCUCUCACUGACUAUGAAACCGGCCCACCAGCCUCUCCACUACCCGCACCGGCACCUCCUGCCUGGGCAUCCUCCUCCGCCAUCUUUGGUUCUGCUGGGAAACUCUGCUGCUGCAGCGGGCAAAACGCCUGGCGCAGCCCACAACGGAGCGCGCGGCGACGUCUCGUCCUCGCGGCAGCCGGGCUCCUCGGGCGCCGCCCUGGCCAGGCCCUUGGCAGCAUCGCUGUGUCAUUCCCGCUCGCUACACCCCAACUCCACGGCCCCUCAGCCUCUGUCGCUCGUUACCAAGUCUAUAGAGUAGAUCCCUCCUUAUUCACUCCUUCCUUCCCCUUUUUCUAGCUCUGCACCCUUCAUUCUUUUCUCUUUGUUUCGUUCAAUAUUUUUUUUUCUGUUUCUGUGCCAUAAGGCUUUGAAAAUGUGUUACUGUUUUAUCAAAGUUCACUGGUCAAUAUUUGACCCAUCAUUAUUGAAAAAAAUAUAAAUAUUAUAAUGAAAUAAUAAUCCAAUGAGCUGUAGAGUAUGGCUUGGUGAAUCUGCCAAAAUUCUUCUGAACUUCUGUUCUUCUCCUUAUUUUGUUCAACAGAAAAUGGUUAUUUAGUUCCACUUACACGUGUUUCAAUGACAGAUAUAAAACAAAUGGUAGAUCACAUGACUAUUCAAUGACCCCUUUUCUUGAAAGAGUUGGUUCUCCUUCAUUAUUUGUAUUAAAUACGAGCUUGCGAACCAAUCAUUGGAGGGUAUGAGGAUCGUGGAGACACCUCUCUUACUGAGGAACAACUUUAAUUGUGAUGUUACUUGUUCCUCUUUAAAUGUACAGAACUAUUUGGUGGGUGGGUUGGGGGGGGGUUACUGUGUUAAUGUGCAUCGUUCCAUUGCGUUGUCUUUUUUUUUUUUUUGGUUUACCUUUGGGGGUGGAGUCAGGUGGGGUGGGUGGGCGGUUGGAAGGGAGACGGGGGGGGGAGUCUAUUGGGGUGGGUGGGGGGCUGCGGUAUUCAAUACAAAAUGUCACAACGCUAGGACCAGUAGUAUUUAUUGCUUUAGAGAUUGCUUGUUGUAUCUUGUAUGUUGUCCAUUUUAAAAUCUGUUCUUUUUCUUAAUUACAUUGUACAAAUAUUUUUUUCUUAACGUAAGCAACUAUAUAAAAACUUCCUUUUUUUCUUCACUGAAAACCUGGAUUCCACCCAAUGUACUGUGUAGAUUUCACAAACAGAGGUAUGCACAACUUCAUUUCAAGAAAUGCGUCUAUAAGCCAUUUUACAAAAGAAGAAUAGAAACUUGAAACACCAAGGGACAGUGGGUACCGUGUCUUCAGUAGUUUGGGGAAGUGUCUAAAGCCCUUCUUUUUUAUUGCACAGUCCCAUCUCUACCGGACUGUAGAUUUGUGUACAGAUUUUCCGUGCCAAAUUUUGUGAUAAUUUUCUCUCCUGCCUCUAAUCACGCUGUAGGGGUUUCAGUUGUGUUCGUUUAUUGUCUUUUUUCGUUCUUUUUUCAUACUUUGCUGUGACGUUACAUAGAUUGCUAUGUAUGUAGUAUAAAUGUUGCUAUAACAAAUGUGUUUGGUAGCAAAUUGUCAAAUAUACAAAUUUAAAUUUCAACUGAAUAAAAGACAGACAUUAUACUGUAUAAACCCACAUGGGCCAAAUUAUGUAUAUUAUUAGGAGGUUCAUAAAAAACUAUGAAAUAACUACAAAAAAAUACACAAACUGCCACUUUUAAGUACACUACUACACAUAGGUAGAUAGAAAAAAUAGGCAUGUUGAUGUUGCAAGAGGCUGUAAAAAAAAAAAAAAAGCUACAAGAGAAUCAUCCACUCGGUACCAUUGUAGUUGACAUGACGCGACUGUAACCUGUCGAUUUCUUCUCUGGUUUAAUAAGAUGCUAAUGAUGAAAAGUUUUUGAAUGUUUCCUUAACGGCUGUGAUGUUCCUGUUCUAUUUUAUGCUCUUUUUUUCCCUUUUUUUCCCUUUUUUUCCCUUUUUUUCUUUUUUUUUUCUUCUGUUAUUUUAAAUGGUUCCAAAACCACGUUUUUGUAAUGAAUCAAUGUUUAUGCUGUACAGUCUCUGUAGCAUGCAGUUCUGUAUUAAUAAAAGCGACUUAGUAUGUGCAGAUCAA